AUGCUGGGUGGAUCUGCUAUGAGACUCGUGAAGUUCGCUAAGGAGUGUAAAGAUAAAAAGUUGAGGUCGUUCUCCUCGUACAAGACUAAGAAAAAGUUGAGUGAAGUGUUGGAGAAAUAUGGGAUUGUUAGCUGUAAUAUAACUCGCAUUCUACAGUUCAUACCACCCAUCCAUACUAUCAACGAAAGCGCACCCGAAUUUAAGCUAUAUAUUGACGACAUCCUUCAUAGUAAUGAAGCUAUGCAGUGCGAGUAUAUUUCAACGAUCUUACAUACAGCUGUAAGUAUGAUGCUGAAGGAAAUAAUUUGCAUAACCGAAGGCAAACAGAAUCAAGCAACUAUAGGUAUCUACCAAAACUUACUACAAUGCCGAAGUGCUUGCGAUAUGAAUAUAAAUAUGAACAAGAAAAAAAAAAAGGUGGAUGAUGCAUUCGAUCCCGACUACGACUACGUCUAUGGUAUAGUCAGUACUGGAACUGACUGGUACUUCAUUCUUCACAGCACUGAAGGUAUCUAUAGUACGAGCAGGACUGAAUACCGAAUUUCACUAACAGAAGACGCUCUCAAAGAUGAUACAAAAUUGCGUAAGAAUGUGAAGAGGGUUUUAGAAGUGAUUGUAGGAUUAUUAAAGGAUAGAGCAGUAGGUAGUGAGGAACUCGCAACUAAGAAGCGCCGUGUAGAAGAGAUAAUCAAGAAAAAAUAAU